UAUAACGUGACAGCAAAAAAAUACCGAAGCGCUAAACAACUCAAUUUCCCAGAAGCCACUGUGUUCCAUUUCCGUAAGUACGGGUUGUCUAAGGGGCUCCUGCACGGACCAACUUCCUUUCCCUCCGACAUCUUGACGAGGAAACAUGCCUCCCAAGCAGGAUAAGAAGAAGGACUCGGGGAAGUCCAAAAAGGACAAGGACCCAGUCAACAAGUCUGGAGGCAAGGCCAAGAAGAAGAAGUGGUCCAAGGGAAAGGUCAGGGAUAAGCUGAACAACUUGAUCCUCUUCGACAAGGCCACAUACGAGAAGCUGUACAAGGAGGUCCCUAACUACAAGCUCAUCACACCCGCUGUCGUUUCUGAAAGGCUGAAGAUCCGCGGCUCCCUGGCCAGGAACGCCCUCCAGGAACUGCUCACCAAAGGCAUGAUCAAACUGGUGUCCAAACACAGAUCUCAGCUGAUCUACACACGUAACACCAAGGGGCCCGAGGAGGAAGAGGCGGCGGCUGCGGCUACUACUAAAGCAGAGAAAGCAUAAACUGUGGUUCUGCUUGGCUGUCUCGUGAGCUGUUUGUAAUGAAAGGUGAAUAAAAAAAUGUAAAGGCAACUCUA